UGCUUGAGUUCGGGAACGCCACAGAUUCCAGAAUACGGGAAUGCAGUAGGAGCUCACGUUUUGGGGGCGCUGGGAAGAUUUAACGAUUUAGUUUUGUGUUUUCUUUUAACUUUUGAUCCAGUAUUAAAAAUGGGUUGGAAGUGAUCUGUUGUGAGCACCUUGUGACAGUGGAUCUUUUCGGGGAAAGCGGGAGGAUUGUUUUUACCUUGGGAAUUCUUUCUUCUGGAUUUACUUUUGGAUAAAAGAAAAUUCUUUAACGUGGAAAUAAUUCCCAGAAACCAGCAAGAGAAACGACCUCUUUUUCACUUUCUACUCCUUAAUUUUGGGAUUUAUCUUUGAAUUUGGAAGUGUACAGAAGAGCAGUUGCGUCAGCGUGCAUGUGUGUGAUUAAAGACAUUACGUGUGCGUGAACUGUAUAUGUCUGUGUGUGUGUGUGUGUGUGUGUGUGUGUUUUUGGCCAUGCUGGAGGAAAAGAAGGCCCAAAGUUCUCGGCAACAAAGCUCAGCAGACCCAGGUCGCCCGAAGGUGUCAAAGACCAAGAGCAGAACCUGUAACUCGGCGGCGGGUAAAACCAACAACCACUUCUCAACCAUCAGCAAUGCCAUCGACCCUGCACGCCGCUUUGCCUUGCUAUUGGAGCAUGGCGUCCCUUCUCCUGUACCCGGGCCCCUAACGAGGCCCCUACUCACAGGGAGUUCCCUCCUGAUUGGACAGCAGGCUGCAUCCUUGUGGCUGGCUCAAUUGAAAGCCCAGCUAGCACUGACGCAGAUAAACAAUGCUCUCACUGUUGGCAGUCGAGCUGCAAACUUGCAAACACCUCCCUCCCCAACUGCUGCAGCCAUCAAUCUCCUUAACCUUUUGAAGAUUGCAAACACCAUGUCUCAUCCCCUAUAUAACCCCUUUGCCUCUGGGAACCAAAAUCCCACCCAAGGGCAGUAUGGACUAUCCAGUAUGCAGGCAGAGAGGGACACUCUGAAGACAUUUCCUGGAUCUGGACCUGGAUCUAACUUCAGCUCUUCUUCUGCAACUUCUGCCAACUCUGGGGGAAUGAUCCCUUCACUGCUGGCUCGCUCAGUGAGCUACAGGCCUGAACAGAUUAGUUCAAUAGAAGAGGGGGACAUAGAGAGGUCUAUAGACAUUCCCAUUAGCAGAGCCAGAGAGGAGGGGAGGUUUCCUGGCAAACCGACGCAUCAGCCCAUAGGCCAGGGCACUCAUUUUACCAGCUCUCAAAGAGAUGAGUUUCUCUCCUCAGGCACAGGGAUGAACUCCUAUUCUAUGUCCUCAACCUCUGCCCCUCCAGGACAUAGACACUCUGAUGUUGAAAGUGGCAGUAGCUCUUUGGAGUGGUUGCCAAACUACAAAAGAUCAACUGCUGAUGAUUCCUCCAAAUUUUACUCAUCUGCUUCAUCUAGCUACGUAGGCAGUUCUGACGGUAGGUUUAAUUCCUCAAGUGAAAGGGAACGUGAUUUGCAGUCCAUUCCAGGGUUGGGUGAUUAUGACUAUCCAGUGCCAGACAAAUCUGCAGCCUCCACUGAGUCAAGUCGCCCCAAGUACACUUCUGAAUCAGCCGCUAACAUCCUUUCACAAUUCGGACUUGAAAAAGAGGAUUUGGAACAUCUCAUCUCUUACCCUGAAGACCAGAUCACCCCUGCCAACCUGCCGUUCAUAUUGCGCCAAAUCCGCAUUCAGAAGGCCAAGAGAGCUGCAACUGCAGUUCAGUCAAAACCGUACCUGGAACCCCAGCCCACCAGAGGUGUGAGUGGAAUGGACAGGUUGAGUUGUUCUGGAGGGGCAGGGAUACGCCAGGAGGAAAUGUCAUCGACUAUUCUCCAGCCCAGUAAAGUGAUUGACUUUGGACAUACUGACAAAUAUGCUGGAGGGGUUAUGGAUGAGAUAGGAAGGACCAGUGGCACAAGAGCUAACAGUGGUGGGAGUGGCAGUAUGUUGUUGGUGGACACUUACAAUAGUAGCAGUCAUGGUCGAGAACCAUUGCAAAAAGAUAUGACAGAGGUUAAAAGCAGUUCCUUGGGUUCUUCACGUGAUCAGGGUAGCUCUGUUACCAGCUCUUCAUACAGUUCAAAACUGAGCUCUGUAGCUCCCCCAAGCAAUGAUCCAGCUAAACAAUUGCAGACUCAACCACAACAGACUUCUCAAAAAAUCCUGAGCUCUUUCUCUCUACCAAAGAAAGACACAGACAUAAGAGUAUUCAAGUCUGAACCCUCCACUCCCCUUCCUUUGAAAGAACCAAAGGCAGACGACAAGUCAACGUCGAAAGCCCAACCAUCCUGCACUUUGUUCCACGGUGUGCAUCCUGGCCGACCUGGUCUUGUGCUCAUUGGAAGCAAUGACACCACUGGCACUAAGGGUCAGGGUAAAGGUCGAGGUAAAGGGUCAACAGUUGCUGAGCAGAUGAAGAAGCAGCAGACACAACAACAACAGAAGCAGAAGAUGCACAUCCAGCAGCAGGCACAGAUGCAGCCAGUACCGCAGAUGGGACAAACGUGGCCUCCAUUUUAUUCUGCUGCACAACCGGUUCCUCCUGCUUCUUUCAUCCCCAGCAGCACAGAUGCCUCACGUACCAUGCAUCGUUCAAUGUUUAUCCUCGGUGAUCCUCUCCCCAGCAUUAUUCCUCCAGCUUUACCUCAGCCAAUCCCGAGCCCAGUGAACUUCAGGCAGUUGUUGACACCUUCCAGCAGGCAGAGUCGACCACAGCAGCCAGUCUCCAAGGGUCUGCCAACGCCGGCCAUGAUGCAUGACUGUGUAGCGGACACACCGAGAGUCCCUCCACACACCUGUUCUCUGUGUUACAAAGAAUGUACUCAUAUGAAGGAUUGGCUCUCCCACCAGAACACCAGCCUUCACCUUGAGAGCUGCAAAAUCCUGCGGGCACAAUACCCAGAGUGGGAUGCUGAGGUUGAAGUCAAGCUCAGUGCCGGAGGGAAAGAUGUUAAGCCAUCAUCCUCAACUGCUGCCCAGACUUUCCAACAUUGUCAUCAGAAAACCAGGCAUGGAAGCCGCUCCCGUUCCCACUCACCUAGUCCCCGAAGACACCAUGAAAGAAGAGAGAAACGCAGCCAAUCACGAUCAUCGCACAGCUCCAGAUACACUCGCAGCUCCCGGUCUCGUUCUUGCUCUCCAUGGUAUGACUGUCCUACCUCCUCUCGUUAUCGGUCACGUUCAAGGAGUUAUGAGAGACGAUCCUCACCGAGGAGGGGAGAAGAGAGAUGGUCCUCACCAAGACGAAGUCAAGAGAGGCGAUCAUCUCCAAGGGACCAUGAAAGAAGAUCACCAAGGAGGGGUGACAAGAGACGAUCAUCUCCAAGAAGGAGCUAUGAAAGAAGAUCACCAAGGAGGGGUGACAAGAGACGAUCAUCUCGAAGAAGGAGCUAUGAAAGAAGAUCACCAAGGAGGGGCGACAAGAGACGACCAUCUCCAAGAAGGAGCCGUGAAAGACAAUGGUCCACAGAGAGGUCGUCUUCUGAAGGGAAGAGGUCGAGCAACGCAGAGAGGCUGGUGAAGAGACUACUGGAAAAUUCAGCUGUCCAGGCUCUGUCAAAAGACUCUGACCUGGAGGCUGUGGUUAAAAAUCUAGCUCCUGCCUUACUAGCUGAGCUGGCCAAGAUGAAUUCUUCCUCAUCAUCGUCCUCUAUGUCAUCCAAAGGAGGAAAAAGCUCCCAGUCUUCUCCCUCUGCUGGGGGAAAAAGCUCAUCCUCUGCUGCCUCUUCGUCCUCUUCAGCAGCAAAGAAGGAGACGACAACAACAUCUUCUAAAGCAAAACCCAUUCUGCAGAAGAACGAAGAAGGUGCUUCUACAAAGACUAAGGAUACUGUUUCUAAGGAGCAAAAGACGACUUCUCAGAAAAACCCAGCCAUUUCCAGUGUCUCCAAACCUCAAACCACUAAAUCCACAACUACCAGUACUCCCACAAAGGAUCUUCUCCCUACAGCUCAAGAAACUUUGCAUAAUUGCCCUGCAAAGCCUUUAUCUUUACCCUCUGAAGCCAAAAAAGUUGCAACAAAAACGGUAAAAAGCAUGGCCCCACAGAAAGAGACAGCCAUGGUUGAUGAAUCAGCAACUAGGACUAUUGUUGAACCAACUAAAGGCUUGAAAAUUGGCACUCAAGCAAAGAUGUCGACAUCCAAAGCGAACACAACCUCAACUGAGAAAACCAAAACACCGGAAGAGAAUUUGACUGUGGCCGAAGAUAUGACACAAGAAGAGGUGCAAGAAAUAGAUGCAAAAGCCAUAAAUGCACCAUCCAAAUCUAUGGCUUCAGAAAAUGUCCCUGAUGUAGAGACUUCCAAAUCUAAAGAAGUGGAAACAAAGGCUCAAGAACCUGUAGUGGUGCUGGAAGACACAGCCAAAGUUGUUGAAACAGGAAAUGCAACAGUUAUUGAAUUGAAGCACCAAGCAGAACUUACCAUGGUUGAUGUUGAGGUGAAAGAGGCCAAAGAUGCUGAACCAAUGGAGCUUGGGGAAACAGGAUUUAAAGUGGCAGAGCCCAUGGAAGUUGAAAGCUGUUCUGAUAAAGGGGAAAAAAUGACAACUCCAGAGGCUGUACCAGAUAAAUUCAGUGAGAGUCAACCACCAAUCAGUAUAGAUGACACCAAAACUACAUCGCAAGUCCAGAAAAGCACCCUGUUUGAAUCGGAUUCCAUUGCACAAGGGCGGGACACCAAGACAGGCGCUUCAAAAAUCCAGCAGCAGGCUGCAUCAAUUUCAGCUGAAGCUGCGAGUGAACCAGCAGUGAGCAUUCAGCAGCUGGCGGCAACCACAUCUUCUUCAGCUACAGCAGUGAGUGAGCCGCAAGCGGCAGCAACCUCGUCUUCUUCAGCUGCAGUUACCCCUCUGACUAUUGAGGAGAUGGUGGAUAAGCACCUGCAUCAAAAUAAAAUAACGUGCUUCAAGAGGACCGCCUGCUGCUCACAGAAAGAGGACUUUGUCACUGUUGAUGAAGUUGGUGGACACCAGCACUCAUCCUAUUCCAAGCGGUCCUCCAGAGGGAAAAAAGAAAGGCAAAGCUCAGACGUGUCAUCUGCUGCCAAACAGACCUUAACGAGGUCCUUCAAAGACUCUAUGAGCUCAGCUUCUUCCUCAUCCUCUUCAUCCUCCUCAUCCAAGUUGACUAAAGACUCCGUGAAGAGAAGCUCGUCUUCUGACUCUGAGCCACCCCACUCUCCUACCAAACCCUCAUCCUAUGCCAGUGUUAGUAAAACCUCUGCCUCUUCUACACUGUCUCCCGAAACCUCUUCCUCUCCUGGUCCUAAGGCAGAACAGAGCAAGACAAAAUCUCCUGUCAAAGCAUCUACUACGUCUUCCUCGAGUUGUAGGACCCAAUCGUCCUAUACUGCACAUGAAAUUGAAAAGAUGGCAUCAGCAGCAGCUGUUGAGGCAUCAGUAAAGACUCAUCCUGAGUCACAUAGAGAAGCAAAAGCCACAGAGAGUGCAGUGGUAAAGUCUGACCACAAGGUGUCAGAAGAGGCCAUUGCUGCAAAAACUGUUGAGUCAGAGUCAAAAAUAGAAACAUCAUCAAAGAUGCAUCCACCUGCACAGGGACGGGGGUUAGAGUUGAGCCAAUCCCAGAGGUUUGAGAUUGAUGUUAAAGACAACACACUCAAAGACCUGGAGAAAAGCAAAGACAGAAGGAAAGAAGAUGAUGUUGGCAAACAUCCAGAGGAGGAGGAUGAUGACGCUGAAAAUUACCAAAUCCUUGAUUCACUUGAUGACCAAACAGAUGAACAGAUGGAUGAUGGGAACCAAGUAGGCAGCUCUGGAACACAGAUAAUAGAGCCUGAGAAUGACCGGAGUUUGCAUGAGGAAACUCUGGACAGACAGGUCUUUGGCACUGUUUAUAAAGAAGGCAAAGUCUGCCCUGAGCAGUGCAGUGAAAAGGAAGUGGGUGUUUCUUUUGAAACGGUCAACAGUGCUACUGAAGGUCAAGCCACAACAGGUCAAGAAGACAGUUACCCCAUUGAAGAUAACAGUUCCACAGUAAAACAACUGUCUGAGGAAGAUGUGAUUCAAGUAGUCAACAAAUCUGAUGAUAAAUCUGCAGUUGAAGUUGCAAUUAUUAAAAACCAAGAGGCAAAUAAGGAAGAUAGUAUUCAAGUGUUGGAUACAGGUAGCAAACAAGAUCCAAGAAGUAAGGUAGAUGGAAAGACUCGAAAACAAAAAGAAGAGGAGGUCAAAGGCAAAAUGAUUUCACCAGAAUCCUGUAAAGCCUCCAAAGAUGUGGAAAACCCUGAAGAAAAAAAACCAAAUGAUGGAGACCAGCCUCUUGAAGUCUGUGACAUUAAACACACUUUAAAAGACGUUGAUAGCGACGUUCCUGAACAUGAAACCUUUGAGAUAUUGGAUUCAAUUGACGAUCAGGUGGUAAUGGAAGAUGACAGCCACAAACUUGAAACUCCCAGUGAUCAGAUGUCUAAAAAAGACAUGGAAGAAGAGGAAGAUACCUAUGAGGUAAUUGAUUCUGUGGAAGAUCAGCCAACAACUACAAAGACAGAGUCUGAGACUGACAACAAGGAAAAAAGAACCAAAAAAGUUGAGCUGACUGCUAGACAAGAUGAUAGAUCAUCAAAGAGGAGUAGCCCCAGGACCAGAGCAUCCAAAAGGGAAGAGAAGGAGAAAUCAUCAAAGAAGCAGGACAGCCAGUUAAAAAAUAUGAAACGCGAACGAAGAUGGACCACUGCAGGAGGUUCUAAAAAAGACAAAGAGAUCAAAGAGGUCACUAAGGAAGUGUACAAAAUAGUAGAUUCUGUUGAUGACGAACUGGUUCAAGAUGCAGCCGCCACAGAAAGGUCUGGUAGAAGAAGGAGUGCAAGAGGAAAGAAAGAGGAUAAAAUGACAUUGAAUCUCACUGAAGCAUCUGACAAACCUGAUGAGGAGGCUUCCUAUGAAAUUUUAGACUCUGUGGAGGACAAGACUGCUGCCGAAGAACCAACCUUUAUGACAAGAUCUACCAGAGGAAGAAGGGAAAGAACAACUAAGAGAGAGGCUUCCAAUGAGAAAAUAAAAAUAGAAGACACACCAACAAGAAGGAGGCACACUCCUGCCAGGGAAUCACGGGAAAAAACAUUAAAAAAAGAGGAGAAAGCACCUCCAAAAGAGAGUGUACCAACAAAGCAGAGUAUGGAAAAGAAGGAGAAAACACCCAAAAUAGACAUUAAGAAAGAGGGUAAAUCAACAACUAAGUCCCGAUGUGAUACUGCAACACCAGCAGAGGAGAAGAAUCAAACGUCGUCCAGGAAAAAUGACACAAAAGCUUCAACGAGCGCUCUGGUGAACAUGGAUCAGGUUUACCCUGAAGACAAGGCCAAGGAGGAAGAGCUGAGGAAGAGGCAGGCUGCCACUAAAGAGAAGUCGCUUGCUAAGGAGCAAGAGAAGGAGCAGGAAGAGUGGAGGACCAGGGAGAGAGAGGAGAGCAAGCGGAGGAGCAGCAGCAACAGCAACAAAGGAGGAGGAGGCAGCAGUGGAGGAGGGACGAGGAAGGCGAAGGAGAAGGGAAGGGAAAAGGAGGAGAAGGUAGAGGUAGAUGCCAAGGAGGUGGUAACUCUGGAUGAGGUGGGAGCAGAUGAGGCUGGAGAGGAAAGAGCGGUGGAGGGUCAAGAGUGGGAUGAAGAGAUCACGGAGGGACAGCUGCAAACGCUCCUCACCCUGGAUGAAAUUGUAGAAGAGGAGGAAGAGGGAAAGGAUGAGCAAAGCACUGUGGAGGCCCGCCCACCCAGCAAGGAGGACGAAUCAGUGGACUCCUUAAACCCAGAGACUUUGGUGACUUUAGUUGAAGCAGAAGAAACCUCAAUAUCUUCGGAACACAAACACAAUGUCGACACAGCUGUGAGUAAAAGGAAGAGGGAGCUUGUCGGACCUGAAGCAAAGAGAUCUCGUUCUCAGUCUCCUUGUGUUGCUGCUGACUUCAAACUGCCACCAUUCAACUCCAACAACCCCCUUGGUCAGGAGUUUGUGGUCCCCAAAUCGGGGUAUUUCUGUAAUCUCUGCUCUAUCUUCUACCUGAACGAGAACUCGGCCAAGGAGCUCCACUGCAGCAGCCAGAGACACUACAACAACCUGCAGCGUGCUCAACAAACAAAUCCGUUGAAAGAACCAGCCAUGGCUGAUGACGGGACCUCCAUGCAUGGAUUCAACCAAAGAAUGAACUCCAAUUCAUUUGAAGAAGGGGAAGGGGGAGAGAUCUGUCUGCCUUAUAGUGAGGCCCAUCAGGGUCCUGACACUCCAGUGGGCGUCAACAACUCCAAGCCUACCGACCAGUCCAGAGCCAUAGAGGAACAAACAGACGUCAUCAACCUAGGUCAGGAAGGGCCCUCCCAGGCACCUGAUGUAAAAGAGGUGGCUAAUCCCAAGUCUGUGAAAGCACCAGGAUCACAACGCUUGCAGCUUUAUAACCGCCAAGGCAAAAUCCUGCUAGACAAUAUCUUGGGUGAUGCCAGGAGGUGGCACGAGAUUGGAUAUGCCAGAAGAGGAGAGAUCCCUCGGAGUAAGGCAUCACCCUUCUGGAGACCAUCGGCAUCAGGUCUUUGGCGGGUUUUGGAGGAGUCCAUGCUGGUAGCCACCAUAGAGCCGCCAGUCGUGCGGCCAGGCAAUCGAUGUGCAGUAGGCGUGUUUCUAUACAACCAUAGCGAUGGCCCCUGGUGCGAGGUCCGUGAGCAGGACCUUACCCACGUCUGUUUCUUGGUGGCACCACCAUAACAAUAACACCAAGGAACAAGCCUCCGUCAAGAGAGGAUGCUGAGAGAUCCAGCUACAUGAAAUAUGACCAGGACUCAUCACUCUGAAGUCCCACUGAACUUUAAUACACAAAAAGAAUAACAAUCAAACAACAGGGCACAAAAGAAUAACAGUUCAGUUCUGUAGUCAGCCCAUGCCUGACUGCAGUUCAGCCUAUUACAGCACCUCUUGGGGAACAUAGCAUCACCUUUGUGCAUUAUGUCUGUGUGAACACAUUGACAAUCUGUGUGUAAAUGUGUAAUCUGUGAAUAUAAAACACCUUCCGCCUUCUCUUUAAAUUAUGCAUUUGUUCAUUAUGCAUGAUUGAAAAUGAUUAUGGCUUAAUAAUAAUAGCAUGUUAAGCACUUUUAUGUAUCUUAUCACACACUUCAUAUUUUAUGUAUGACUCCUGGGUAGAGCCUUAUUCAGUGGCUUGGAUAUGAGUCUUGUGUUUUUACCAAAUAUAGAAAGAAGAACAAGAUUUUUCCUGUGCCCCACCUGUAUAAAAAGCAUAGAGGUAGAGCACAGAGAUUGAGUAUUAUCAGAAGUUUUUUACACAGAGGAUUCUAAUGGCAAUUAUCACAAGCUUUGUUAAGUUUUAAAUAAAAAUAGAUUGUAGACUCUGCAAUCAAAUUAAAGUUCAUGGGGUUGGUCUCUUUUCUGAAUGCCGCCUGGACAGCCUCACUAAUAAAGGUAAGAAGGCUGAUAGUUUUUGUGUAACUGUUUGAUGCUAAAUUGUUAAAUUGAAGAUGGACUGCUAAAUGCUAAAUUGGAGUUUCUCAGUUCAACUACUUGAUGCUCAAUUCAACAUUUUGUUAUUUAAGUAAUUAAUUCUAAAGUGCAGAUUGAAUUAGUUUGUAUUGAAUUGGAGUCAAAGGGAAUCAGUCGGCCGACUCUGGGCAAUAUAUCUUUGCCUGGAGGGGUUAUUGACUGGGAAUCAAUUGCCUUACAUUGUUUGUGUUCUUCCCCUCUCUAUUUUCAGCAACAUUACCAGAAGUUUCAACAAAAACCAUCAAGAAGUUCAAGACAAAAUUCUCAAGGCUCCACUUCUGAUUGAUCCAGAUUGAACCAUGAGUGAAAGGCCUGAAACCAAUGUAGAGGGGUUUAGCUGACAAAUCAGUGUGUAUAAUUAGCCAUAGUGGUAACAUGGUGGCGCCUUCUCUCAUUUGAAUUUUGUAAAUUAUAAAUCUACUAUCAACUUUGUAAACAUUUUAGCAUGGAUGGUCCCAUUGAGAUUAAAACUCCAAAUCUACAGUUGUGUUGCCUUGCUCUUUGCACAGUUACAUUGCACCAGCUGUGUCUGAGAAAAAAUCAGGAAUGUUCUGUGGUUUGGAAGUUGACUUUUGAAUUAUUAUUUUAGUCAUGAAUAAAUGAUGAUCACAGUAAUUUUGAGACAUCAAGUUUAGUCAUCCAAUACGAUUGAGCAGAAGUGUGUUUCUGUCUUCCCAUUUUUAAAUAAUUUUUAAUUUGCAUGUAACAAAAAUUUUUUUUUUUUACGCUUUACUGAAAUGGAAAAAUGUAUAUAUCUUUUAAAGCAAACUGAUGCAUGAAAGCAUGGCGGAGCAGGAAGCAAAGGCUCAUGGAAAUUGUGGUCUUGAUAACAGUGCUUAGUUUCUGUUGCACUCAGUAGUGAAAUAAAAGGCUUACAACCAGCUUUACCUUGGUCUCAUAUAGUAGUAAUGCAAAGGUGAAAUUGUAUUGCAUAAUUAAUAUAAUAAGUGUUUCUCUGUGACGUGUGAAAAGAUUUCUUAUUGUUUUUAAUUUAGAGAGAAUUAUUUAUCUGAGCAAUAAUUAACUGUCAAAGUCAAUAAAAAUUGUACAGAUUAUAUUAUGGGAUGUUUUUGUUUGUCUUUCCCUACUGUACUGAACUCAUCAAAUCCUGAGCCGUUACUUUAAAGGGUCCAAUAUGUUGACUUAUUUCUGUUGUACAGUUUGGUUUGUUCUGUUUCUAUGAAAUAAUAAAUAAAACUUGAGUGUUUCAUGA